AGUCUCCUUUCAGCCGAGGCAUCGGCAGGGUAGUGCGCGUGCGCGGUGGGGGACAGCUCCAAGGCUGAGCCUCGCCAUGUCUGGGGAGCUGGAGAUCAUGGAGUCGCAGGUGAUGUGGGAGCCGGACUCUAAGCGGAACACCCACAUGGAUCGGUUCCGGGCCGCCGUGGCCAAUGCCUAUGGGGUCCGCCUGGCCAACUACAGUGAACUGUAUCACUGGUCAGUAGAGCAUUAUCCUGAUUUUUGGGCCGAAUUCUGGAAGUUCAGCGGGAUUGUCUUCUCUCACCUAUAUGAUGAGGUGGUGGAUCCAUCUAAAGGCAUUGCAGAUGUUCCUGAGUGGUUUAAAGGCAGCCGGUUGAACUAUGCAGAGAACCUCUUGAAGCACAAAGAGAAUGAUAAAAUUGCCCUCUAUGCGGCACAGGAAGGAAAGGAAGAAAUUGUGAAGGUGACUUUCGAAGAGCUCAGGCAGCGAGUUGCUCUGUACGCCGCCGCCAUGAGGAAAAUGGGUGUGCGGAUAGGAGACCGAGUUGUUGGUUAUUUGCCCAAUGGUAUACAUGCGGUGGAAGCAAUGUUGGCAGCCGCAAGCAUUGGUGCCAUUUGGAGCGCAACGUCACCGGACUUCGGCAUUAAUGGUGUACUGGACAGGUUUUCCCAGAUUCAGCCCAAGCUGAUAUUUUCCGUCGAAGCUGUUGUCUACAAUGGGAAAAAGCACAACCACCUGGAAAAGCUGCAGAAUGUGGUCAAAGGACUCCCAGAUCUCAAAAAAGUAGUGGUGAUCCCAUAUGUUUUCUCGAGAGAAUCCAUAGACAUUUCCAAAAUCCCAAACAGUGUCUUUCUAGAAGACUUCCUCGCAGCAGGGAAAGGAGAGCAAGCCCCCCAGCUAGAGUUCGAACAGCUUCCCUUCAGCCAUCCUCUUUUCAUCAUGUAUUCAUCGGGCACAACCGGAGCCCCCAAAUGCAUGGCUCACUCUGCUGGGGGAACAUUAAUUCAGCACUUGAAGGAACAUAUCCUGCAUGGCAACAUGACCAGCAAUGACAACAUCAUGUACUAUACAACGACUGGCUGGAUGAUGUGGAAUUGGUUGGUGUCUGCCCUCGCCGUAGGUGCUUCUGUCGUUCUGUAUGAUGGCUCACCUCUCGUUCCAUCCCCCAACGUCCUCUGGGAUUUGGUUGAUCGACUCGGAAUCACCAUCCUUGGGACAGGUGCCAAAUGGUUAGCGGUACUGGAAGAGAAAAACCUUAAACCAUGCGAAACCCACAACCUCCAGACCCUCCACACAAUUCUGUCGACUGGUUCGCCUCUCAAGCCCCAAAGUUACGAAUAUGUUUACAGGCACAUAAAGAGCAACGUUCUUCUUGGAUCCAUUUCAGGAGGUACAGAUAUUAUUUCCUGCUUUAUGGGUCAGAACGUGUCCAUCCCGGUUUACAAAGGCGAGAUCCAGGCGCGGAAUCUUGGAAUGGCUGUGGAAGCCUGGAACGAUGAAGGCAAGCCAGUUUGGGGAGAGAGUGGAGAGUUAAUUUGUACCAAGCCCAUGCCUUGCCAGCCGACACACUUUUGGAAUGAUGAGAACGGAAGCAAAUACAGGAAGGCCUAUUUUUCAAAAUUUCCAGGUGUUUGGGCUCAUGGCGACUACUGCAGGAUCAACCCCAAGACAGGAGGCAUUGUCAUGCUUGGCCGCAGCGAUGGCACCCUGAAUCCAAGUGGAGUCAGGUUUGGGAGUUCGGAGAUCUAUAACAUCGUCGAAGCUUUUGAGGAAGUGUCGGACAGCCUCUGUGUCCCGCAGUACAACAAAGACGGCGAAGAAAGGGUCAUUCUCUUCCUCAAAAUGGCCACCAACCAGGAGUGCAGUCCAGAUUUGGUGAAACGAAUCAGAGAAGCAAUCCGGAUUGCGCUCUCAGCCCGGCAUGUGCCCAGCCUCAUUUUGGAAACGGAAGGCAUCCCGUACACAAUAAAUGGAAAGAAAGUUGAAGUGGCUGUCAAGCAAGUCAUUGCUGGGAAAGAAGUGGCUCAGCGAGGGAUCUUCUCCAACCCUGAGACGCUGGACCUCUACCGAAACAUUCCCGAGCUCCAGAACUUCUGAAGGAGUCUGCCUUUCCCCAUCCUUCGAUGUCUGUGGGUGUGAGCGUGUGUGUCUGGUUUUGUACUGUAUAUAUAAUCUGUACAUGGAUGCUGUAUGUAAAAGAAACUUAUUUAAGCGGCGGUGUUUCUUUGGACAAAGGGAAAUGCUGUUUUUUAUUGCCAAGUGCUUCAUGGAAAGGCUUUUUUUUUUUUUUUUUGAAGGAGUGCAGCGUUGUGGAUUUUGGCACGUCGGCAUUGCUUUUCCUCCAGCCGAGAAGAGCCGACAUUCCCUCCUUGCAGGUCACUAGGUGCAGACAUUUUUUAUAAUGUAUAGUAAAGAUCUGUUUUCUGUGUUGAAUUAUCAAAUUAAGUGAAAGGGGUGAGCGUCCCGUGGGUGGUAGGGCCAGACUUCUUUAAGAUCAGAUUUGAGUAUUCAAACCAUGUGUUAAGCCUUCUGGGCAUUUUUUCUAUCAUGGAAACAUUGGAAAAUGGUAGGAAAAUGCCUCCCUUAGAGCAGUAGCUACUGUAUUUUGCUCAAAGUAUUUAGUCAUAGGAGAUGGGUACAUUAAGUAUAGGAAAUGGGUGAUCAGCAGCAAUGCCUUAGAGCUCGUAAAAAUUACACUAUGUAACAGAAUUAGGAAAAAAAACUGUUCCUGGUUUGAAAGUGUAGUUUAAUUGUGCAGUACUUACUUUGAAAGUGGAGCACUCAGUGGCCCAAUGGGUGGCGUAAUGGGUUAAACCUUUGUGCCAGCAGGACUGCUGACUGAAAGGUCGGCGGUUUGAAUCUAGGGAGCAGGGUGAGCUCCCAUCUGUCAGCUCCAGCUCCUCAUGCGGUGACAUGAGAGAAGCCUUCCACAGGAUGGUAAAACAUCCAGGCACCCCCUGGGCAAUGUCCUUGCAAAGGGCCAAUUCUCUCACACCAUAAGCUACUUGCAGUCAAGUUGCUCCUGACAUGAAAAAAAGCAAAACUUUGAAAGUAGUUGUUAUUCCAGAAACUUUGUUUUUGUGGCUGACACAAACUGUGUAGAAUUGGUUGAGAUUCGGAGAUAUUCAUUGAAAAAUGUGCUAUAGCAGAUGUCCCUCCCACAAAAACAAAGUUUUUGCAGUUUAAUAAGUCUUUUCCAUGUUUUGAUGAUAGAACCAAUUAGGAAAUGAUAUUUAUAACCCAGGAACAAAAAACGUGUUACAUAGUGUUUGGAGACUACCCCCCCCCCCCAAUAAUCUUUGUUGUGGGGUCUGGGAGAUUUUGAGACUUGUAGUCCAAAAGGUAACUUUUCCAAGCUGUUUGGAGUCCAUGAAUUUGUUAGAACUCAAGGUGUUUCCUUGACUAUUUCAAGAAACCCUUUGUAACCUCCUUGGCUGGAAAAUUCAUGUGGGAGACCGUUUCUGGCAGUAAGGAGUCUUACUUCAUCACACUGGAGAAAAAAUCCACUUAAAAUCCAGUUUCUGCUUCUUGCGGAAUUCUGGGAUUUGUAGUUUAGUGAGGCUGUUAAAGGCUCCUCCCAAAACUACAAACCCCAGAAUUCUGCAGGAGGCAGCAACCGGAUUUUAAGUGGAUUUUUUCUCUAGGGUUUUUUUUUUGGUCGUGUCAGGAGCGACUUGAGAAACUAUAAGUCGCUUCUGGUGUGAGAGAAUUGGCCGUCUGGAAGAACGCCUGGAUGUUGUGUUGUUUUAACAUCCUUGUGGGAGGCUUCUCUCAUGUCCCUGCGUGAGGAGCUGAUAGAGGGAGCUCAUCCGUGCUCUCCCCAGAUUUGAACCUGCAACCUGUUGGUCUCCAGUCCUGCCGGCACAGGGGUUUAACCCACUGCGCCAUCGGGGGCUCCUUUUCUCUAGUGUAAUGAGGCUAACAGAUUUCCAACCUGUUGACUUGCUUUAGUGUUGUUGUUUUUAAAGGGACUGUUGGUUCUGUUUCAAAACCUUAAAAAAGAAAAGAACGCUUCUUUGUUUUUUAAAACACUUAAGUUUCAAGCACAGCAUGGCUUGCUGUUCUCAAUGAUACUUGACUUUAGCUGCUAGAUUUGAAAGAUUGUGACCCUUGUCCGGAUCCGCUGGUGUCGUCUUUCAACUGAUGGGACCAAUUAGCCCUAAUGGGCUGAAAACCAUUUCCAUGGGAUGGUGACGGGCAUCAUGCUCUUGGCAUGGUUUUGUUCUGUUGCACCCUGAAUUGCCUCUGUGAGCAAAGAGGGGGAGAUGGUGCUCUUGGAUGUGUGGCUGUGGUUAGCAGUCAGAAACCUUAUGGCCUGGAUUUGAUUUUCAAGAGGAGAAGAAAAGAAGUUGGUUUGAUGCACACUGUUUGGACUACCGAUUCCUUCCUAACUAGCCAUGAAAGUGCAGUUGUAGGUCAAAACAUGGAGAAUUGCAGGCUGCCAACUUGGCUGUUGGGAAAGAAAAUAGUAAAAGUGGAGGAAAAUGAGCAGGGAGCAUUUGUGAGAUUGGGGUUUGCACCGCAGUCAGGUCAGAGAGCCCUCUCGAGUCCGCCGACAGUAUAUCUCUCAGAAGCCCCAAAAGAGCUUUGUGUUUGGUGGCCAAAUCCUUUUUUUCUUCUUUUUUAAAAUAGAAAUGCAGUUGAUCUUUGGGGAAAGGGGAAAUGCAUUUCAAAUGUUUUCUUUGCGUUUUUUAAAACUCUGUCUCCGUUUUUAAAAAACUUUUUUUCCUAACAAAAUAAGCUGAUACAAGUGUGUUGAAACAUCACAAUGAUUGUGUUUUUGAUAAAGGAAUGGUAAGAAAACGAGUCCAGCAUUCAAUGAGCUUUUACUGUACUUUGGUAAGCGGAUUCUGUUUGGGACUUUUUCCCUUUUUGAAAUCAUGAUGUUGAAACACGUUCAAUGGUGUUUUAAGGGAUUUACAUGUAAUAAAGAUGCAGAAUAAAGUUU